GUUAACUUGGACAGUAACUGUGCAACAUUUUUACCCCCUGUGAAGUUCUUUUACCUCUACAGCCUUCUCCUCCACCCUGCACUUCAGAGCACGUCUCCUGUUAAUUUCCAAAAUUGUGCUGAAGCCAGAAAAGAGAAUUGACAUGGCGCUCAUGAUACUACCCCUCGUUGGCUCAGUGUCUGUGUCUGAGAGUUUGGUGGCCAUGACAACACUAUGCCUGGUCUACCUGAUCCUCAAGUUUUUCCACACCAAGAUCCCCGAGGGACUGCGUCAGCUCCCAGGACCAAAACCACUGCCUAUUAUCGGGAAUGUGCUGGAAAUGGGCAGCAAACCUUACCUUAGCCUUACUGCCAUGAGCAAGCGCUACGGCCCGGUCUAUCAGAUCCAGAUUGGCAUGCGUCCCGUGGUUGUGCUGAGUGGCAUUGAAACGUUGCGACAAGCUCUGAUUAAACAAGGGGAAGACUUUUCCGGCAGACCAGACCUGUACAGCUUCCAGUUCAUCAGUGGUGGCAAGAGUCUGGCAUUCAGCACGGACCAGGCUGGUGUGUGGCGUGCUCGCCGCAAGCUGGCCUUGAGCGCCUUACGGUCUUUUUCCAGCUUGGAGGGUACAACCCCUCAGUACUCCUGUAUGCUGGAGGAGCACAUCUGCAAAGAGGGAGACUACCUAAUUAAACAGCUGAACGGUGUCAUGAAGGCUGACGGCAGCUUUGACCCCUUCCGUCACAUCGUUGUGUCUGUUGCUAAUGUGAUCUGCGGAAUGUGCUUUGGCCGGCGCUACAACCAUGACGAUGAGGAGCUGCUCGGCUUGGUGAAUCUCAGUGAUGAGUUCGGUAAGGUUGUUGGUAGUGGCAACCCUGCAGACUUCAUACCAAUUCUCCGUUUCCUGCCAAAUGCCACCAUGAAGAAGUUCUUGGGCAUCAAUGAACGCUUCACUAAAUUUGUGCAAAAGAUCGUCAGUGAGCACUAUACUACUUAUGACAAGGAUAAUAUCCGUGACAUCACUGACUCCCUGAUUGAUCACUGCAAUGACAGGAAGUUGGAUGAGAAUUCUAAUGUCCAGAUGUCGGAUGAGAAGAUUGUAGGCAUUGUCAAUGACCUGUUUGGAGCUGGUUUUGACACCAUAAGCACAGCCUUGUCAUGGUCUGUGAUGUACUUGGUGGCUUACCCAGAGAUCCAGGAGAGGCUGUACAAAGAAAUAAAGGAGAAAGUAGGACUGGAUCGCACUCCCCUUCUCUGUGAUAAGUCCAAUUUACCUCUUCUGGAGGCCUUUAUUAUGGAGAUCUUCCGUCACUCGUCAUUCCUGCCAUUCACCAUCCCACACUGCACCACAAAAAACACCUCCCUCAAUGGCUACUUCAUUCCCAAAGACACAUGCGUCUUCAUAAAUCAGUGGCAGAUCAACCAUGACCCUGAACUGUGGAAAGAUCCGUCAUCCUUUAACCCGGACCGUUUCCUGAGUGCUGAUGGCACUGAGAUCAACAAACUGGAAGGAGAGAAGGUUUUGGUCUUUGGCAUGGGCAAGCGGCGUUGCAUUGGUGAGGUCAUUGCAAGGCAUGAAGUCUACCUCUUCUUGGCGAUACUCAUCCAGAGACUUUGCUUUAAUGCUGUGCCCGGAGAGCCGCUGGACAUGACACCAGAAUACGGUCUAACCAUGAAGCACAAACGCUGCCAUAUCAGAGCCACAUUGCGAGCCAGGAAUCAAGAGUGAUGCAAUUUACGGGCACUAUAGGUGGUGAAUGUGUUCAUAUGGUUGAAAACCAUUGUGAAAGAGGAUUCAACCUUCUCAGGGGGAAGGCAGCGGAUGCCAAAUUUGAUACGCAGAGCUAAUGGUAUUUAAAUAAGUAUCUGAAAAGGGCUUGUUGCUGAUUGUCAAAUGAUGACAAAGUCAGUUGUCAAAGUUUGAUUUAAAAUGCCUUUGCAAACUUUUUUUUUAGUUUGCCAAGAGAUAAAACGUUGCAGGUCCUACAACUAGCUGGUGUUUGUGCUCGAUGAGACAAGGCGCUGAUUUGCCUUCUUAUCCAUCAGUAGACUAAACUGUCCAUCCAGACGUAAUCCAGGAUUGUAUCCUUUUGACUCAAUCCAUUUGCAAGUUGUAAAAUAUCACUCGUAAUCCAAGGAGGGCCGAAAUUGGCUUGAUUCUGUGACAGGAUCCAUGUUUUUUGGCUGAAUGAUAUUUCUGUUAUCAGAACUUCCUCGCUUGGGCAUGUUUGUACAGCGUUGUGCCUCGAACAAAUAAUCAUAUUUCAUUGACAUUGUUUCCACUUUUAAGAUAAUUUUUUUUUGUAAUCCAUUGAAUUGUACAUAUAUGUAAGACACUUAAGCUAUAUUUGUAUCCCAAAAUGUGAUUUUGUAUGCAUAAUUCUACCUUGUUCGGGCAUUUUUUAAGGUGCCUACGAUUUGUACAUAUCGUUUGUCACAGUGAAAUAUUUUUCACAGUGCAGUUAUACAGCUUAUCAGGAUACCAAAAGAGUUUGAUUGAUUCUUUCAUUAUGUCUGUGAAAGAGUUGUAUAGCUGUCACCUGUUGUAAUGAUUUUUUUAACGCGUAAGCUAAUGAAGGACUUGUGGACUUUUGUUGACCGCAGAAAUAAAAUAA